AAUAAAAUAAAAAAUAAAAAUCUUGACCCAUCGUAUUUGUCAAGAUUAUCCGCAGCUAAAUGGAGUGAAGGAUGAGCUAUGUUUGAGCUUUGGCAAUGGCGGUUUCUUCGUUUCCAUCUCUUUACUCGCUGAAAAUCAAUAAUUGUAAAAACCAGGGAUUAUCUUCUUCUAGUGUUCCUAUCUUCAAUGUCCGCGCCAGACCAAGCAGAAGACCAAAGCCAUCGACCAUUAUUGUCUUCUCUUACAAAAAAUCAGGUAAUGGAGCGGUGAGCGAAGAGGCGAAGAGAGUAUUACGAGAGCGAUACGGUUUCAACCCCAACGAACUCUUAUCCGAUGAACCUUCUCCGAAGACCGGAAGGAGAAAGCAACUGAAAAAUACGGGAAAUGGCAAGCAAGACGGAGCAGAAGAGGAUCCAAAGCCGCCUCGAACUACUCAUAAACUUCUUCAGGUGCUUGGAGGAAAGGCUCGGAGAAAGAAGUUGCUGUCUCCAAAGGGCAUGGAUGUACGUCCAAUGAUGGAGGUUGUCAAAGGUGCUGCUUUUGAUAUAUUACAGGCUGCUGGUGGUAAUCCUACAUCUUUAAGGCCCGGCCGCUGGUUAGACUUGUACAGUGGUACUGGAUCUGUGGGGAUUGAAGCUAUUAGCCGUGGAUGUUCUCAGGUGCAUUUUGUAGAGAUGGAUCCGUGGGUUGUCUCAAAUGUACUGCGUCCAAACUUGGAAUGGACAGGGUUUCUUGAUGCUUCAGUUAUACACAGUGUUCGUGUUGAAAACUUUUUAGAACGUUCAAAGCAAUUUCUUGGUGAAGGUGAACCAUUUGAUUACAUUAGUGUUACCCCUCCAUACACACAAGUUGACUAUGAGAUACUGAUGCGCCAGAUUUCAAAUUCUGCCUUAGUUGGUGAUAAUACCUUUAUUGUAGUGGAGUACCCACUAAGAACAGAUAUGUUGGAUUCCUGCGGCUGCCUGAUUAAGAUAACUGAUCGACGAUUCGGCCGUACCCACUUGGCAAUUUAUGGUCCCAAAUGGGCUAAGAAGAGAAAAUCAGAGAACUUGCUGGGCAAGAUAGCAGUGCGACUUUCAUAGAAGUCUGCAGGUUGAUAGUCAAAACUGUCACCAUAUAAAUAGUCACCUAAUCCACUAUCAUUCCGACUACUUUGCUGUCCGCAACCGUCUCAUGGUAAAAGUCCUAAUUGCCGAUUUGAACACCGAGGAUGUUCGACCGUUUCAAGUGCUAGAUGAUUGCGUCUAGUUUCUUUAGUUUUUAUCGAAAGUGCAAAGCAUCAAGACAUUAAAAGCCUAAUUUUGCGUGUAUAGAAAUUGAUCGUCUAUUUUUAGUUGAGAGUUUGGAUGUAGCUUGUAGAAGAAUAGCUUCCCUCCGCAAGCUCUAGUUCUAGAAAAAGUUGAUUUGCACCCUUGAUUAUGAAGACUUUGUUGCAAUUUCCAAGGUACAUAUAUGAAUGCCAAUUUUCCAUGGGCAUUACAAGAGAUCCCAUUUUUGUUUCUUUAGUUUUUAUAAAAUUGGUUCUUUAUGAAUGGAACCCUAAAAA